AUGAUAGGUGCCAACCUGAGGUUCGGGAUCGGCGCUUCGGGUAACGUGUCGUCGAACGCAACGAAGGUUUUUCAGUGUCACCCGGGUGGUGCCACCGAAGCCACGCUCAUAUUCAGCCUUGGAGCCCUCGGUAUGGGGGCGAACUUUAUGCUUAUGGCUCUCAUCCUGGCUAAACGACAGUUGCGCAGAUGGUCGCAGGGAUUACUGUUCCACCAAGCAAUGGUGGAUUGCGCGAGGGCUGCGAUUUUAUUGCCCCUCGGAUCGAGCAUACUAAACUGUCAGCCGAUGACCAAGUGUUCCCUGGUCGAGACAGCGUUUCUCCUGUUGGUGACAGUUUCCACGGUGAAUAUGUUGACGACAGUACUAAACGACAGCCCGAUUUUUCCAGAAACUGACGAGGAAGCCGAUCUCACAGCACCCCUGCUCAUGGACUCACCGCAGUGCGUUUUAUUUGGGACGUUCAUGAUAUGGUUCGCGAGCAUCACGAUAAAUCUGGGCCCAACGUUUCUAAGCGGUGCUCUGGCAGCGAAUACGGAAACGGGACACAACGCUCCGAGUUGUCCACUGGUACACGGUCCGUUUCGUCAUUACAUACUGAACGUUCUUUGGAUCGCUAUCAACAUGAUUUGUGUUACCCUUACCCUCAUACAUCUUAGGAAACUGCACAAAGAUCUCACUAAGGCCAACGACGAAGCGGUAAAAGUAGCACUGCUAACAAUUCUCGUGAACACAACGGGUAACCAGCAAACAAACGCGGUUCCUGAAAAUUCUGCUGCAUCUACGAAUGGCACGCCCAAGAGGGGCGGAGCGGCAGAAGAACACCGUAAAUUAAGGAACUACUUAAAGCGGAUGGACAGCGAAGGCGUGCAGAGGGUGAAAAUGUUUCUAAUAAUCACGGCCGCGUACGGUAUCUUUUGGGGACCAUUGUUCUUUGUCACCUUGGUGGAUCAUCCCAGCAUAGGGAAUCCCACCGGCUACGAGGUGACAUUACAUAUCGCAUACAUUCACGCAUUCGUGAACCCGGCACUGUUUUUGAGCCUCCAUCGAGGAUUGCGACAAGGAUUGUCAGAGUUUUUCUGUGGGUGCUGCGAAAGCAUCGCGAGUUGGAUUCUGGGUCCAAGCAUUCCUGUAGAAAGCGUCCAACCCCCACGAUACCAGGAACCUAUUGAAGCUGUGGCUGUGCCCUCACCCCCGGAACCGCCAAUGGCACCACCCAACACGUGUCCGGAUCUCACUGACAUCGCCCUCCUCAAACCACCGCUGCCACCGACAGGAAAACAUUUACUGGACGACUCUAUGAUCAUACCGCCGGAUCCAUGGGCCCUGGUUUCGAGGUCGAAAAGCACACCGACCACUUACGAAGCAGACACUAGUAGAAGAUCGAGCAUUUUGUUACCUCCGCUACCGAUCUUAAACGAUUUGGUCGUAAAUGUUACUCCAACCAGCAGCGAUUCUCCUAGCGAAUAA